GCAAUCGGAUUAGCACAUCAAGGCCACAUGGGGGCAGCGUCAAUGAAGCGUAUCCUGCGAAACCACUUUUGGUGGCCCGGAAUGAGUAGUGACGUGCAGAAGCAUGUUAAUGGUUGCGAGACAUGUCUAAGGUUGUCAAAAAAGAAUGCACCACUUCCACUCACAAGUAGAGAGCUCCCACAGGGACCGUGGGAAAUCCUGCAGAUUGAUUUUUUUACAGACAAUGACUUCGGCUUUGGUGAAUUCUUGGUGUUAGUCGAUACUUACUCUAGGUAUCUACAAGUGAUCGAAAUGAAAAACAUGGACGCAGAUACGACCAAUGCAGCUCUGGCCAAAAUAUUUGAAGUAUGGGGCUACCCUUUGGCAAUCCAGAGUGAUAACGGGCCACCAUUCCAGAGUAAUAAAUUCAUAAAGACAUGGGAAGAUAGAGGUGUUAAGAUCCGUAAGUCCAUCCCGCUAAGCGCUCAAUCGAACGGCGCUGUUGAGAGACAGAACAGUGGUAUCAAAAAGACCUUGGCAGCGGCUCGAUUGGACAAUGUAAAUUGGAGAAAAGCUCUAGAACAGUACGUCCAUACACACAACAAAAUUAGACCUCUAUCCCGUCUAGGAGUAACCCCCUUUGAAUUAUUAGUGGGCUGGAAAUUCCGUGGUACCUUUCCUGGUCUCUGGAACACCAACUCUCAAGAGACACUAGAUCGCACUGACAUUCAACAAAAAGACGCAGAAUCAAAGCUCCAAAGCAAGAAAUAUGCCGACGCCCGCCGAGGAGCAAAAGUUUCUGAUAUUAAAGUGGGAGAUACUGUAUUGUUGGCACAGCAAAAAAAACAAAAAUCAGAUCCAACGUUUUCUGCGGAACGUUUCACUAUAAUCGCAAGGGAUGGAGCAAAAGUUAUCCUUCAAAGUGAGCGAGGAGUUCAGUAUUCUCGCAAUGUCCAAGAUGUGAAGAAAGUACCGGAAUUCCUCGAGGAACCCACAGAGAGAAGUACGCCAGAGAAACAUGCAGAGGAGACGUAUAACUUAAAUCUGGAUAACCAUGGAAGUUUGUCUGACAUCAAUCUAAGCAAUACUGAAAACAUCGACGAAGACACCCAUCAACGGCCAAAGAGAUUAACAAAAAAACCAAACAGAUUUGAUGAUAUGGUACUAUACCAUAUUUUUGAAUAGAUAUAGGCGAAACAAUUCAAUACGAACGACGACUGCGAUAUCUAUCCUGGGAAUUGGCGAGAAUGGAAGAAACUAAGAACAAAAACACAUAUUAUACUUUAGGAAAGCUAAA